CGUGAGGCCGGAGAUUGAACUGGUAUCAGUCGCUUGCUCCCACAGACAUCCUAGAACGGUGCCUUACAAAUCUUCUGCCCUGCAGCCAAUUCCUCUGCAAGGCUCAGGCUCCUGUGGAUUCAACAGUGCAACGAUGAAGCUAUUAAUCUUUGGGCUUCUUCUGAUGACCUCUGCAGUGUUCGCCCAGCCGGGUAACCGGAUCAUUGGUGGGUACGACUGUGGAGAACGCAGCCGCCCCUACCAGGCGGCCCUCGUAUUUGGACGCAAAGGCAAAUGGAAUAUUUAUUGCGGAGGGUCCUUAAUACAUCCAUGUUGGGUCCUCACUGCUGCCCAUUGCAAACCCAAACUGGGCAUGAAAGUGUGCCUAGGCAAGCAGAACUUGAAGAAGAUAGAAGACACAGAGCAGUGCUUAGGUAUUGCCGAAGCUAAACCACACCCAGAUUACAAAAGAAGCAACAACAACAAGGAUUACAUGCUACUUCGGCUUAAGCCCUGUGCCAGGCUCACUGAGGCUGUAAAGACUAUUCCUCUGCCUUCCAAGUGCCCUGCGGAUAACACACCAUGCACAGUGUCAGGCUGGGGUACCAUAAGAUCUCCUCAAGCAAUGCUUCCAGACACUCUACAAUGUGCAGAUGUGAGCACUGUCCCAAAUCAGAAUUGCAAUAAAGCUUACCGUGGUGCCAUUACACCUUUCAUGAUGUGUGCUGGAGUUCCACAGGGAGGCAUCGACUCCUGCCAGGGUGACUCUGGCGGCCCGCUGGUCUGUGACGGUAAAGUUGAAGGCGUGGUUUCCUGGGGGACCUACGUAUGCGCACAGAAAGGGAAUCCUGGAGUCUAUGCCAAAGUGUGCUGUGUGGUUCCGUGGAUCAAAGACACGAUAAGCAAGCAUGGUAAAUGCUGACCCAAAUCCACAACGCAGGACUCUGGGGAGACGGAACAUCAGCACCGCAUGCCCAGCCUUUUGCGCACAUGUUCCAAUUGAGCGUAACCAUCUUGUGUGCAUGGCUGCCUUCCUCAAACUUUCAAGUCCGUGUCCUGCUAUUGUGACCAAUGCUACAUGUUUGUCCGUGUCUCUCCAGGCGCUGCCUGAGGCUGGUUCAAGUUAUAUGGCUGCUCUAAGUGAAAGCUCGUUCUACUACUUCCCCCUCCCCAUUUCCAUUUUGCCAUAUUGGGGGGAGGGGGUGGAGAGAGAAGGGUAGAAAUUGUGUCUGCAUCAAAAAUACAAUAAGAGAAAAGAGCUGCAGUCGGGGAAAUGGUUGGGCAGUGGAGUCGCACCCGUUCCCCACCUUCUUGUCCCAAGGGUCUGGGAAAGAGGUGAUUGUGUCCACCACAGGUUUUACCCAUUGCAGCCCUUUCUUUAGCCCCAUGCAAAUGAAAGAAGGGGCUAUAAUCAAUUGUGGGGUGGGGGUGGCAAGGAGCUGCGGCAUUAUUCUGGAUCCGGUUUUCUCAGAGACAAAGCAAAUGUGUUCUGCUUUCCCACAUGAUUUCAGCCCCUUUCUACUAUUACAUAUAUGGACAAAAGUUUGCUUUGAAGAUUGAUACGUCGGGCUGAUUUUUGUGAAGCGCUUUGAAUGGCUGAAAGUGCUAUACCAAUGCUAUGUAUUGUUACCAUGAUGGAAGAAGAGAAAAGGGCAGAGACCAGGAAAGUCACAAGAAGUGGGGCGGACCCACUUCCACCCGACACACACAUCCUGUUUGCCCAUUGGUUCCAACUGCAUUUAGCCUCAAAAGUUCUCCCGAUUGACAUGAAGGUCGUUGAAUCCUGCUGUUCUUGACAGUGACCUGUACUGCCUAUUGCUUUGGGUUGGUCCGGGCUGUUCAAAUGCCAUGGUUAUGUAGAUGUGUGAACAGGAAAGGCUUUGAUAGAUGCACUGUAUUACUUCUGAUGAAUGAUGUAUGAGAAGCAGGCUCUUCCCUUCCUGUAGCAGAACAUAUUGUGAGCGGAAGUGGAUAAUGCUAGGAUAUUGGCAAGGGAUGAGAAAAAGCAUCCUAUGAGAGAAUGUUCCAAAAGAGCUUCAUGAACUCUGAUUUUUCUCUGUUUUGUUUAAGGUGUACACAUAGAUUCUCUC